GGUGGAAGUGAGCAGACCCUCGCAUGGAAUUCAAAGAUUUAAUAUGCAUCGUUUUAUUUUACUUAUCCCCUUAGUGUUAGCUUAUCACAGUGAUCCAUCGAAACAGUUGGAAGAGUUUAAAGACGUCACUAAGAUACCUAUAGGCUUUAUGACAACAAGCAAUGGCGCUAUGGUUGAAACCAAACAUGGAUCAAGUACAUUGAACACAAGACUAAUACACAAUGAAUACUUCAUGGAUUCCCUAACUCAUUUAUCCCGGGAGCGGAUACCAGAGCGUGUAGUACACGCAAACGGUGCUGCUGCCUUCGGCUACUUCGAGGUAACCCAUGACAUCAGCCACAUUUGCAAAGCACAAUUAUUCUCAUCAGUUGGAAAGAAAACGCCUAUAGCAAUAAGAUUUUCGACUAUUGCCCCUGAAAGAGGAGCAAGUAAUACGGUCAGGGAUGCAAGAGGCUUUGCAGUGAAGUUCUACACUGAAGAUGGAAACUUUGAUAUCGUCGGCCUAAACCAGCCUACAUUCGUCUUAAAGGAUCCACUCUUUUUCACUACCUUCGCGCAUACAAUGAAACGCAACCCUGCAACUGAUCUACCAGACGCGAACAUGAAAUGGGACUUUUUAACACUGCGUCCAGAAUCAUGGAAUACUUUUAUUAGAGUCUUUGGAGAUAGAGGUAUAUUUGAUGGCUAUCGUUAUAUGCCUGGAUUCAGUAUUCAUACCUACCAAGUAACGAAUGAAGCUGGCACUCCCUAUUUCGUCCGAUUCCAUUUCAUCCCAAAUGCGGGCGAGAAGACAUUAACAUCAGAACAAGCUGCAAAAAUACAAUCUACGGAUCCAGAUUACGAAAAACGUGAUCUUUAUAGAGCAAUUUCAGCUGGUAAUUUCCCAUCUUGGUCGGUCGCCCUGCAAAUAUUAUCUCUGGAAGAUGUUAAAAAUGCGGACAUUGAUGUUUUUGAUAUAACCAAAAUUCUACCGGUAGAUAUGUAUCCAUUACACCACGUUGGGCAGUUAGUACUAGAUAGAACUCCAGAAAACUUUUUCGCUGAGGUUGAACAGCUAGCAUACAAUCCAGCUAAUUUAGUCCCUGGCAUACAAGGUGGUGUCGACAAACUGUUUGAAGCACGACGUUUGUCUUACAGAGAUGCUCUUUAUUACCGUUUAGGUGCAAACUUCAAUAACAUUCCUGUUAAUUGUCCAUUUAAUACUAAACCUCUAACAUAUAAUCGCGAUGGCCGACCGCCAGUUAAAGAUAAUCAGAAAUCAAACCCAAAUUACCACCCAAACUCGUUUAAUGGUCCAGUUUCAUAUGUGGACUUCAACUAUUUUGAAGUAUUACAAAUUAUUGAAAAAGAAGCAAAUAAUACCGAUCAAAUAAGAGAGUUCUAUUUAUAUGGAAUGUCGGAUGAAGAGAGAAAUAGGUUGAUUGAAAAUAUUCGGUCCAGUUUAGUAUCAGCUGCAAGAUUUCUGCAAAAACGGGCGAUUGCUUUAUUUGAAAGCAUUCAUCCAGACUUCGGGUAUAGAGUUGAUCAAGCUCUAGCCUCCAACACCACGAUGCCCUUCUAAGUAAUAUCAGUAAUAUAUAGUUAAUUACAGUUAGUUUAUUAUAUCUUAUAUUAUUUCAGUGUACUUAUUAUCUUAUGUAAUGACACGUAUAUUGUUGUUAUUACAUACAUUUAAGCUAUUUACUUUUAAGUGUAUAGUGAAGGAAGGAUAAAAUAUAUUUACUGUUCAAAUCAAUGUUAUAAAAUACAAAUAAAGUCCAAUCUUUAAGAGAGGGCAAGUAGACCCAUGAUUUCUAAUGAAAAACACACUUACAUUUAUUUAUUAAAUGUAUUUUUAUUACAAAUAAAAAAAAAGUACAUCUUUCAUUACAUUACUUAUAACAAAGAUCAAAGUCAUUGUUCGAUAAUAUUUUUAACGAAUAGAUUUUUGGAAUCUUUUUAGGAUUGUUAUUUAAUCCACAAUUUGUCUCCUCACUCUCACAUUGUGUUUUGAAAAAAUACAGACCAAUCCUUCUUUCCUUUGAUUAGAUUCUAGUAAAUUAUUUAAAUGUGUUCCUUGAAACAAAAAAGAAUCAUUUUUCUCAUAAUAAUGCUUGAUUUGUAAUUGUUGAUUGAGUCAUUUGAAAUAUGGUAGAUUUUCCUGUUGUUAUAUCACACAAUAUAAACAAUAUCAUCUGUAAAUGUAACAUAGUUAUAUAUACGUAAAUAAAAUUCUGUUUUUAAAUAUUCAUCAUACGUUAAUGCAAUUUAUUUUAUCAGACUUGCGAUAAGAACUGAGUGGCUACAGCGAAUUAAAAGCUUUUCCCUGAUUAAUCGGACUAAAGAAUAAUUAA